AGUGUGAUCCGCAGCAGUCUUCUUGAUCUGCCUCUUCCGGAGUCGGUCCAACUAGAGCUCUGUCGCCUCCUUAAUAAUCUCUGCGAUUUGCAAUUGCGUAAUCGCAUCGAGUUGAUAGUCCUCUUUGCCAAUAUUUUCGUCAGUGAAUUGCAAAAGGAUCAGCAGCAGCGUUAUCUUACCAUUAAGCAUUCCAACUUACCUUCAUCAGUGGCGGCUCGACGCACUCGAGAGUUCCGCUGCCCGCCGGAUAAGCAGAUGCGCUGUCUGCUUCGGCUGCCUGGUCCCAAUGGGCCUACGGGCCUUCUCCAUGAAGAAGGUGACGGUGGGGAUGAGGACGCUGGAGAAAUGGACGAAGUAGAGGAAUCCUUAGGACUCUCUAGAAGCAAUCCUUGUACUGAGGAAAUCAAAGAGCUUCUGCGCAACUUUCACCGAUGCCUGACGGAUCACUUUGGCGUUGUCCGACCCGAAGAGGAAGGCGAGACCGGGUCGCAAGAAGAGGCAGAUAGCUCGUCUCCUGGUGAAGACACUGUCUCUUUGUCUUCUUCUGACAGCGGUAUCGGCCGGUCUAUACGAGGCAGCAGCAUUGGCUCUGGCAUUGACUCUACUCGCAUCUCUACGGCCAGGCUUUUAAACCUAAGCCUUGCCCAGUGGAGUGCUGAAUUGGCUGCAAUCUCUGCAGACACCGAUGGUGACAUGAAUUCGGCAACAGGGCUGGCUGGUAUGGCUCGUGGCACCUUGAAUUCAUCGGGUACCAGUUGUCGCGACCCACUUAUGCCGCCUCAGCUGGCUGAAGCCAUUGCUAAGUUGCCGCUGCUACCGGACAGUGUCGGCAACCCAGAAGAGGGCAGCGGUGGCCCGCCACGUAUCUUGAAGGCUUUGUGGCAGGUGAUAGCCAAACCUUUGCGUAGCGCAGCUCGUGGUGAGAAGACGGGCCAUGGCCGGCUAGCCUUAAUGGCGGGAGAAGUGGGUGGGAUGGACGAAGAUGAGAAGUGCAAAAGUGAGUCAUAA